CAUAGUUGAACUAUAUAUAUCAUCUCCAUCCCAAUCAACACACAAAUUUUCUGCAAAGAUGAAGCUCAUUUCUGCAUCAAUUUUGCUUUUCAUAGCCUUGUUUGCUUUCGUUUCAGCAAAGAAAUCAGGCGAUGUAACUGAGUUACAGAUUGGUGUUACGCAUAGGCCUGAAUCUUGUGAGAUCCAAGCUCAUAAGGGGGAUAAAAUUAAAGUUCACUACCGAGGAAAACUCACUGAUGGAACUGUUUUUGAUUCCAGCUUUGAAAGGGGCGAUCCAAUUGAAUUUGAGCUUGGUGGAGGCCAAGUCAUCAAAGGAUGGGACCAAGGACUCUUAGGAAUGUGUGUGGGUGAGAAAAGAAAGCUAAAAAUCCCUGCCAAACUUGGUUAUGGUGCUCAAGGUUCUCCACCUAAGAUUCCUGGUGGAGCUACGCUGAUAUUUGAAACAGAGCUUGUAGCAGUUAAUGGGAAACCAUCAAAUGGAGAAGAUACAACAAGUGACAGUGACCUCUAGUCACUAGUUAGGGCAGUGGCUAGUCAGUUUUUUUACUCGUUAUAAUCUUCCUGGUCGCAUUUUUUCACUUUACAAAUCAACAAAAGUGAAUGUUUUGGUUGUUUAAGUUUUAGAUUUCAGAUGUUUCUCUCCCUCGAUUAACCAGGCUUUCGUUUGUUAAUGAAAAUCUUGGAGUUGUUCAGAA